AUGUCUGAAAACCCCGGCUUUAUUAAUAAUUUUCGAUGCAACUUUACAUUCCAAAAUCGUAUGCCUCCCCGUUAUCCUUUUCCACCCCCUGCCCACAUGCCACCACCUGAAAUAUCAGAUGAAGAAUUUAUAAGGAAAUUUAAAGAUGGCAUGCCUCCACCGAAACCAAAGCCUAGGAUGAAUAAGAAUAAAAUAUGGAAAAUGAAGGCUGAUGUAAUCCGUCUGCUCGGAGCUCUCCAUGAUAUUAAACUUCAAGAGGAAACAUUGUCAACUAAUUAUAGUUUGUCGGAUGAAGAGUGGCAGUAUGCUGUUCAAAAUAUAAACAUCAAUAAAAAAGUUAUCAAGGAUACAAUCAUAAAAAUAUCUAAGUCUGGAUUGAAUAUUAGUAAGAAACUCGUCUGCAAAAGAAGAGCUAAAAGAUUGCGUUUGAAGCGAAAGAAAGAAGAGAAGAAAGAAGAGAGAAAAGAAUGGAUAAGACAGAAUGAAGAGAAUUCUCUUAGGAUUGAUGAAAAUUUACAGCAAAUUAAGGAUGCUAUACAGAAAGCCAAACAGAAGGAAGAAGCAAAGUUCCAAGCUGACAUAGUAUUGAAGGAAGUGAUGAGGAAGAAACAUGAUGCUAAAAAGAGUAUUGUCAAACUUGAGGCCCUCGUGAAGCUCAGGAAGGCGAGAGAGAACACCGCUAAGGGCAAAGGACAAAUUGUAUCUGAUAGCGAGAGUUGUACCUUUCAAGAAAAUGUCGACAGACUAAAAUCUCUAUGGGAAUACAAAUUGGCAUCUUAUGAGAAGGAGGAAGCUGAAUUGCGCGCAAAGCUUGACGAACAAAACGAGGUUGAAAAUGAAUCGGAGAUACAAGCAAGCAACAUGAUGAAAUGGCGGAAGGCACUGUUUGGUGGGAAAGAAAACCCGCAGGUCGAUUUUAAUGGGGAUCUUGACCGUUUUAUCGGUGUGAGAGCUGACUGGGAUCAGUACAUCGAUGAUGGUCCAGAAUCAACCCCCAUCCCCAUCGGCUGGGUGUUCCCUAAUGCGAAAACAUAAUUUGAUUUCAAUCACGCUUAAACUGCAUUAUUUUGCAUAUAUUUUUUAAAAAUUUCUAUGUAAUUUUGCAUUUAUGCUUAAAAUAAAACUACUAUAAAUA